AUGCAAGCGUUCCUGACCUCUAACUCUUCGUUGGGCACGAAGCAGUCAUCAGUAGUAUCUACGAAAAAGAAACAUCAAGUGGCCAACGCAAUAGUUCCUUGGGUUGAAAAAUAUCGCCCAAGGAAAGUUGACGAUAUCGUUUUCCAAGAUGAAGUCGUUUCCGUUCUCAAAAAGGUUCUCAGUGGAGCGGAUUUACCGAACUUGCUCUUCUAUGGACCACCGGGCACUGGCAAAACAUCAGCAGCAGUUGCGCUAUGUCGGGAAUUGUUCAAGUCACACGACGUUUACUGCGAUCGGGUGCUUGAAAUGAAUGCCUCUGAUGAAAGAGGUAUCAACGUCGUACGAACUAGGAUCAAAGAAUUCGCAAGACGCGCUGUUUCUUCACAUACACCUGAUGGAAGUCCAGUCGUUGGGUUGAAGGUGAUAAUAUUGGAUGAAGCGGAUGCUAUGACAAACGCAGCGCAAGCAGCAUUAAGAAGGACGAUGGAGAAGGAAUCGCGCACGACACGAUUCUUUCUGAUUUGUAAUUAUAUGUCAAGAAUUAUUCCACCACUCACUUCGAGAUGUGCAAAAUUUCGCUUCAAACCACUUUCUGCUGAUAGUCAAACCGAGAGACUGGAAUAUAUUUGUGGCAAGGAGAAUGUCGAUUAUGAGCCAGCCGCGUUGACUGAAUUAAUCGACAUAUGUGGUGGUGAUUUACGUAGAAGUAUCACUUAUCUACAGACAAUUUCAUCAUGUCAUAGUAAGCUGACGCCAUCGGAUGUACGCGAACUAUCUGGUGCCGUGCCUGAUGAGAUUGUGAAUGGGUUAAUUGAU